UGAAAUGAGCGCGCGUGAUUGGAGUUCAGUGCGCAGGAACAGGAAGUGGAAUGUGCGGCGAGUUUGGACUUCUGCUGGAGUCGGUGCUUCGAUGCGCUCAUCAGUCAGAGACGCAGCGGCAGAGUCGACAUGAAUGUGGAAGACAGAAGACGAGCAGAAACCUCUGGAACGUUGUGACCGUCGGACCAUCGUGUAGUUCUGUCAUCGAUGGCGGCAUGUCUGCUACCCGCUCUGCUGGAAGCCUGUGUGGUGGUUGGAGCAUCCGUCGACAAACUUCAGGAAAUCUAUCAGGACAUCGUCAGUGAUGAAACCUCAGAGCCCCGCCUCCUGGAUCCAGAGGUCCUUCAUGUCGUCGCUGCUCCAUUUGUUACCAGAACACAACCUGAAACUCUGAAGCGCCGCGUGAAGCGACGCCGCCCCUUUCUCAGGAAAAAGCAAGAUCGCCUGUCUUCAGCUGCAGAAGCGUCCAGUCAAGGUGGAGGUGUGCAGGAGGAAAGAGACGGAGAUGAAAACAGCAGCACCUUGAAAGACAUGGACCUGGUGGCUUUGCCUCAGUUCUGCUUCCCUGGAGGGGGCCUGCAGGUGACCAGUGAACAGAAAAGAGAGCAAUUCCACUUCCUCGUUUUCACCGACAUCUUUGGCAACAAGACUUACGGAGUCGUUCUGCAGUAUGAUCGUCCAGUACUGGAUGGAGCCUCUUCUCAUCAGAACGGAACUGGAACUUCUAAGAUUCCCAACCUUUUUUCACCCUACUGUGUCUGUAUUCUGUCUAAGCAUCCUUACUUCUCUGCCCUUAAAGACUGUCUAUCAUGUCUUUUAAUUGAGCUGAGAAGUUGUCGAUUGUCAGACGUGAAGGAGAAAGUGAAGGACUUUGCAGCUAAGCUGUCACUGGUGCCGAUUCCACCUCCUGGACAUCUUCAUUUGAUGUUUUCAUUAAGUCCACUGACCAUCACCUUACCGUCCCGGCUGGAUAAUAACCAGCCAGUGAUAGAUUUAGACCUUCAUCUGCCUUUUCUGUGCUUCAGACCACAAACACUUCUACAGGUGCUGUCUUGUCUCCUGCAGGAGCAGCAGUUGGUGUUUUUUUCCUCAGAUUUCUCCAAACUGACUCUGAUUUCAGAGAGCUUGUUGAUUUUUCUAAAGCCUCUGUGUUGGCAGCAUCCGUAUGUCCCGGUCUUGGCCAGAGGAAUGCUGGACUUCGUCAUGGCUCCAACUGCCUUCCUGAUGGGAUGCCAUCUCAGCCACUUCGAUGAGGUUGCUGCUGAAACCAGUGAUUUGAUCUUGGUUAACCUCGAUGAUGGAAGCGUUCGCUCUUCCUCCUCUGACACCGUGGACCUGCCUGACAUUCCUCCAGUUGCUGCAGACUGCUUUACACAGGGGUGUCAGUCACUGCAGAUGCACUUUGACUUGGACCAGUGUUGCCGUGGAAGCGGCACUGACAUCAAUGAACAGCGUGAUCAGAGAAGAGCGUGGCAGCGCCGCCUCAAUGACGACAUCCAGAGGCUCGCACUGGAACUGAUUGUCAAUUUGUUCAGAGAUGUUAUUUAUCAUCUCAAUUACGAGCAUCGAGUUUUUCACAGUGAAGAGUUCCUAAAAACACGACAGCCGACUGAGAAACCUUUUUACAAAAAAGUGCUGGAGACUCAAAUCUUCCACUCCUUCCUCAAAGAUCGUCUCAACAAGAAGGCAGAUCCCUUCACUCGAAUGGAACUUCACACGCGUUCUGAGACACAAAAAAAGAAGAUGACGCUGGAGAUUCCCCGCAGACCCACCAUGCAGGAGAUCCAGGCCAGGAGAGCCAGCUCCGUCACUGAGAACAGGCUGAGCAGGAGACUCGGGACCAGUCUUCCAAACCUGCAGGAGGAUCUGACAAUAGGGUGUCGAAAAAACUCAAUCCUCACCAGGACAGGGAUGUCUGACACGGCACCUAAAUCUGCGGCUAAGCUUGUAAAGGUAUUUGGACUUCCAGAUUUCCCCGCUUCUCUGUCUUUACACUCUGUUCAAAGUUAUUACGGCGAGCUGCUGCAUCAGCUUGGAAAAGCCAUCACCUCCGUUCAGAACGAGGACUCUGCUCUGCUAGCAAGGUUUUAUUACCUACGCGGUUUCAUCAACAUGUUGUGUUCGAGGCGGCUUGACGCGCUUAGCGAUUUCCAGAACCUCUACAAGACUGAUACUGCAAUCCUGCCGGCGCAGCUGGUGCCGUGGCUCGUAGCGUCCCUCCAUCGAGAUGAGCAGCAGCAAGCCCAGAAGCGUCCCGACCUUAGGAGGCUCCUCGUCAAGGUGAAGAUGGACAACGAGAAGCCGCUGAUCCAGACUAACGACCACGUCAGGAAGUUUGAGCUUCCUCGCCAUCAUCUGCAUGAAGAUGCAUUUGUGAGAUGCGUUCAGGAAUGUGGAAUCGUUAAAGACGUGGCGACCAUGCGCCGUUUGUUUGAGGCUCUUACAGAUGGUCAAAUAAAACAGGUGGACCCUGAACUCUUCCGAGUCUUCUACACUUUCUGGAAGGAGAUGGAAGCUGAAGCGCGAGACGUCCAUCUCCCUUCUGAGGUCAUCGAGCAUCUCGACAGCAGUGAAUGUGUGUAUAAGGUGUCAGCCCGGGUGAAAACCUCCCAUGGCGUCGGUAAACUCGCCAUGACACAAAAGCGUCUGUUUUUGCUCACUGAUGGACCUCCAAGUUUCCUGGAGAUCACGAAGUUUCGAGACAUACAGGAGGUGAAGGUUACAUCAGCUCCUUUUCUUAUCCGGAUUCCUUCCCUUCGCAUCCACACCUGCAGCAGGCCGGAGGUUUUUGAGGCCAACCUGAAGACGGAGACGGAACUCUGGAACCUUGUGAUUAAAGAGAUGUGGGCUGGACGCAAAAUCGCAGACCAACAUAAAGACCCUCAGUACAUGACCCAGGCUCUGACCAACGUCUUGCUGAUGGAUGCCGUCAUGGGCUGCCUGCAGACUCAGAGGUCCAUCUCUGCAGCUGCAAAGCUGGCUUACUUUGAUCAGCUCAAGCAUGAAGUGCCUAUGAUGGUGCCCAGGAUCACCGCAGAGACCCUGAAGCACAAAAUCAACCCGUCUGUGGACCUGGCAGAACCUCAGACGGUCCACGUGCUGCUGUACACACCAGGUCAGCUGACUUGUAAGGACUCGCAGUGGGAGAUGAACCCAAAGCUGUGGGUGGCUCUCAGUGGGGGCAGAAUAGUUGUUUUUGACGCAGCGAGCUGGUCUUUAUUACAGGACUGCAUUCAGGUUGGAGAGUCACAAGUGACCUGCAUGAUGGGAGUUGUGCACAAUCAAGUGUGGAUCGGCUCGCAGGACUCGGUCAUCUACAUCUUCGACACAAACACCAUGACCUGCAACAAACAGCUGACUGAACACAGGAGUGAAGUGACGGCCCUCUCAGUGGACACCAAGCAUGAACACAACAGUCAGUAUGCGUACUCCUGCAGCAGCGACGGGACCAUCUUACAGUGGAACUCCUCAGGGCUUACCGUAAAGAGACAGUUUCUCCUCACCUGCGAUCGACUCUCCUCCGUUCAGGUUCAUGACGGUGUUCUGUGGUGCUGUUGCACAGGCUGUAUUGUUGAACUGAAAAAGAGCGGUACGCCACAAAGAAGGAUCGCACUUCCUGAAGACCUACAGAGCAUGUCCAAUAGCUUUAGCUGCUUCAUUGUCAUCCCAGAGCGAGGGCAGUUGUGGACAGGCUGCGCUGACUCAGCAGACUUGUUUCUCUGGCACAUUAACAACCACAAACAUCCAUUCAAAAGGAUCUCUCUCCCAGGAAUUUCAGGAAUCACUUGUAUGAUUCAAGUCAAAAACCAGAUCUGGGUGGGCUGUCGAGGACGUCACGGUGUUGGAGGUCAGUGUGACGGUCAGCUGAGAAGUCAGGUGUUGGUGGUGGACCUGGACAGCUUCACGGUUACCAAAGAGCUUCAGGCUCAUUCAGACAGCAUUCAGACCCUCUGCUCCGCCGAGGAUCGCUACGUCCUGAGCGGCUCUGCAAGACAGGACGGCAGGAUUGCCAUCUGGAGAGUCGAGUGAAAAAGCCCUCAUGUGUUUUAAAUUAUAAAUAAAAAUGAGAUUCUUGAAAAUAUUUAUAUUUUUUUCAUUGUUAUUGUGUCGAAUAUUAAAAAAACUGUAAUAUUUCACAAAUUAAUUGUGCUAGAGUUUUAGUAACAUUUAAAACUAAAACUUUUUUCUUUAUAUUUUAUAUCAAUUAAAAGAAAUUAAACUAAUAUUUUUGAUGCUAAUUUUACGUCACCUAUAUGAUGAUGCACUUUCUACCUGUGUUUUUUUUCAUGUGAUCUCUGUGCAUGAAGACUUCCAUUUUGUAAGUAGAUUGUCUAAAUACAUUUUCGAGGACAUAAAUGUAAAAGUGUCUUUCCAAUCCUAAGUGCAAACAGUACAUCAGACAUGGCUCUAGAAGCUGUCUGAUGGCUUCUAGAAGUUGAAGAGUAGCAGUAAUCAAAAUAUAAACGAGUCUCAUUUGUAAAGAUGCCCUUAUUUUGCUUCUGAUACAAUAUUUUAGUUAACUGAGAACUUUGUUCAGCUGCUGUUGUUGGGUUGCAUUUAUGAAGUUUAAAUAUUGAUUUUGAUCUUUUUUUUUAAGUUUCAGGAUUUUGUCUUAAGAGAUGCUUUUUUUUCAAAGAAACAAAAUUGAAGUUUAUGUGAUUGUUACUAUUAAAACUAUAGAAUGCCAAUUGCUUUUUUCAUAAAUAAAACAUAUAGAAAACAC